AAUGGGUGAUAUUAUCCCUAAUUAACUAUUUGUUGCUGGGUACAGCCGUAACAAAGUAUAGGAUGAGAAAGAUGUGAGAGAUAUCUUCAAAAAGUAUGGAACGGUCAAAGAAGUUGCGUACAAGGGAUCAUAUUCAUUUGUUGUAUGAACUAAUUUCGAAAUUAAGACCUUUAAUAAUGAGUAGGAAGCACAAGAGGCUUUAAAGGGUACAAAUGGAUAAACUUACAAUGGACAAAAAUUGAAAGUAGAUGUAGUUGACAAUCGUAAAGGAAGAAAGACAGGUCCAAAUGAAGAAGAUAAAUGUUUCAAAUGCAAUAAAGGUGGUCAUUGGUAAAUUUUUAAUUAAAUUUCUAGGGCUCGUAAUUGUCCAAAUAUCAAAUCACCUAGACGUAGUAGAAGACGAUCCGAUUCUAGAUCAAAGUAUAAAGAUAUUUAAAAAUUUUAGGCGCCGUCAUAGAAGAUCUGAAUCAAGAUCAUAUUCUUCUUAUUCAUCAUCCAGAUCUAGAAGAAGAAGAUAUCAAAACAAAAGAAAGAGACAUAGCAGAAGCCCUAGAAGAGAUCAACGAAUCAGAAAAAGAAGUGUUACACCAAAGAGAUCACCUUCUGAUUCAGCUUCAUCCAAAAGACCGAAUUCAAACUCAAAAUCUUGAUAAAGAAUGGGAAAAAAAAACUCAUUUUAUUACAAAAGAAAUAUAAACAAUUAAUUGA